AUUGCACAUGCUAUUAAAAGAUAUAUUAGAGUUAGAUUUGAAAUUAAAAAAGGUAGUGAUAUAGAAAAUACGAUUAAAGAUUUGUGUAGUACUUUAAUAGAAGAACUAAAUCCUAACCGUGAAAAAUUAGAUAAUAAAAUAAAAUCAUUAGUUGGAAUAUCUAAUUUGAAUGAAUGGAAAUGGCCAAUAGAUAGACCAUUUGCUGGUUUUAUACAAGCACGUUCUUUGUCAAAUAUAGGUAGUUUUAUCAAUUAUUCUCUUGUACAAAUAGAAAAAUCUUUAAAAAUACAAGUGAUAAAACCAAAUUCUAUAACUUCUACACCUUCUGUAUCUCAACUUUUAUGGACUAUACCUAUACCAAAUUCUG